GAGCGUUAAAAGGAGGAGAGAGCAAGACAGGGAGCAAGUGGAAGACAGACGAGGAGCUCACUCACAUUUUGAUAGAGAUAGAGACAAACUUUUGCAAACAGCAGACAGCGUGAUGGCUGCCAGCAGGGACCUGCCUUUCCCCCUGGUGAUCGUUUGCCUGGUUCUCAUCAGAGGUUACUUUUCCCUGCCUACGACAUCACGAGUUGCAGGCACAAAUCCCACAAGAUCUCUGGCACCACAUGGGUUUUCGACUAAGGCCGUUACACUUCCUGCUGAUGAUUACUCUCAAUAUGAAGACCCAGUCACCCCUGCUAUAAAUACUAAAGUGCUUUCAAAUGCAGGACCCCAUGAGCGAUGCAACUACGAUCCCUGUCGCGAGAGUCAGGUCCCCUGUCCUGAUCUAGCAGCCCGCACCAGCUGCUUGUGUCCAGGGUUCACUUUAUACAAUGAAGUUCCAGAGGCUCCAAGACUGAAAUCAGUGGCUUGGAACGGGUCAGAGGUCGUCAUUCAGUGGUGUGCACCCAAUUCAUACGUCACAUCUUACGUUGUGACAGUAGGAGGGGAAGAGGCGCAGACGUUUGAGAAGGACAGAAGGAGUGGCGGAGUGGGAGACAUCGACCACAUCGCAAAAGUUUGUGUGGCUGCGGUGAACGGUGCUGGAGAAGGUGAAAAGGAUUGCCAGAUGUACCAUCCCAGUGACAGCAGUCUGCCGCUCAAAGCGGGACUCAUCGGGGGAGCUCUGGGGCUCCUGCUGCUCCUCCUGCUGGGCGUCCUGCUCUGGAGGCACAAGAGGCAAAGGAAACAGGAAGCCAGCAUCUCGAUGCAUGACACAGCAGGGACACAGUGAACAGAUAACAGAGCAAGGCUGGACGCUCACUGAGAUAAGACUGUCCCAUGAGACUCCUCAUCACGGUUAAUUAACUGUGAGUACAUUAUUGCGUCCAAGGUUUUUAGCACAAAGAGGCCUUCUUAAAAUACAGACGGGAACAAAGUCCCUCACCCCAACAAGAAGAUAUGUGACUGGUAAUGUUCAUUGGCUAAUUCUUGUUUCAUAUUGAAAACCCCUCGGUGAAGGGUUAAAGGAAGUUCCCACAUCUGUGAUUUGAAAACCAGCUACAGAAAAACAUUGCACAUAUUCACUACACAUGAAAAACCACAGGGUAAUUUGUGACCCAGUUUAUAUAUUAAUUUUUUUAAUAUACUGUUUUACCUAAAAUAUGUUACGGUUGCAAACUAUUAUGAUCUACUCUAGCUCUUUUUAAACUCAUGUCAGUAGUUGUUACAGAUUGUUAACUAGUAUGUAAAUGUGUAUCCUUUGGAUGCACAUCAUUUGGGACAAUUUUGACUUGUUAGUCAAAAUAACCAUAUUUUAGUUUGGGUAAAUACCCUCAAAAAUAACACUAAGGCAGGGUUACUCGCAAAAGUUCACUCAGUAUUGACCAAAACUGGCUCCAUUUCAACCCAGUGAUUUUCACUGUGUAUGUUUUCUGAAGAAAAAAAAAUAAAUCCGGAAGACAAAUAAGAAUGUUGUAAGAAAGAUAAUGUGAAUUUGGUCCCUUUUUGAAUUUCAAACAUUAGCUGUUUGACUUUAAGGAACAUCCCAGCCUGUAGUCCUUGCUCGUUGAAAAAGUCAUUGAAAAAACAAACAAACAUGCAGUACCGUAGUUUAUUAGUAUUUAUUUAUUUAUUGAUUUCAGGGAAUUUGUCUUAUUUCUCAAAAACUAUCUAAAGCCAAGGGUCCCAUGAAAACCAUGUAGCUCCAAAACAUCAGCUUUCAAUGGGCUAAGAAAGACAUUUUCAGGUUUGUGUAAAUGCAUUUUCCUGUAAUCCAAGGAGUUGUUUCAUGAUUUAAGACGGAUACUUUAUUAAUCCAGAGGGAAAUUAAGACACUACACAAUAUAUGCAAAGACAGAGAUACACAUAUGGAUAGAAAAAAUACAUAAAAAGAAUAAAAACACAGCAGUGAAAUGAUAGUCUGGUCCUGUGACUAGUCAUAUGCUUAUGAUGGCGGUGCAAAUUUGUGGUUGACAGUGCAGGUAUUACAGUGUAAGGUGAUUAAAUUAAAGUGUAAGAGCACUGCAGAAGUAAUUUGCUAUGGAUGAUAUGAAUAAAUAAAUAUACGUACAGAUACCAGUGCAGAUACAGAUUUAUUCAAAUUGCUGAGACCAUAAAGAACCAUUCAAUCCAUAAGUUUAUCUAAAUAAUUUAAAAUCAAAUUUGGAGAUACAUGCUUUUCUAUCAGCAGUGAGGAGGGAAAUAUGGAUAUAGACGCACAUAAUUUGUGGUCAUGUUAGAAUAAUUUAAUCGUAGGGUUAGGUAGAGGUUGUUAAAACAUCCAAGAAAAAUGUGUGUGGUGGUGUUUUGCUUAAAACUCUCUGUGAGAGUUCCUCUGUUUAUGUAUUUAAUUAAAGUGUGAAUGGAUUGCUUGUAGUUUUAAGGACUUAAAUGCUGUGCUGUGUUAUGUGCUGUAUUUAUUAUGAACAUUGGUUUGUUGCCUUGUUACGAGUUCAGAGUUGAUCUGACAGGUUUCCUUAAACUAAUAAAAGUUUGGAGAAACAAACUGAGUCUAAAGCACACAAAAUGAGACUGAUUGCACAAACUGUCAGUACUGUUUAUGUAUGAUAAAGGUCUGAGUAUUUAAGCAUCAUUUCCGUAAUUGCUCUUGCACCAGUGUGUCAGAAUAUGUGGUCACUGAACAGCUUUGGGAUGGGUGUGUUUUUUUCCAUCUGUCUCAUUGUCGGAAGUUGUGUCAGCAAGCACAAGUGUUGAGAGCUUUCUCCAGCUGUCAUACAAUAGCCUUUUCCCCGGAUAUGGAUUUUGUGAAGCUUGUCUCGUUCCAGCUGAGACUUCCAGUCAUCCAGCAGCACUGGGCUGGUGAGAAGCUUCAGGCUUUCUUUCUUUUUUUUGCCAUGAUGAAAAAGAGAAGAAAGUCCAAUAUUUAAAUCCCCCCCAGUUUAUCUCAUGUUCAAGCUUCCAUCUGCAUGUCUCGCAGCCAUGUUAUAAUUCCUUUUUGCUCUGGCUGCUGCUGCCACAGAGUUGUUCCACUGCUCCUGGCGUCUCUCUUACUCCAACUGCACUGCACAACUUACAUCGCGCAGAGCUGCACGGAAGUCAGCUAACAUCUGUAAUUUGGAGACACAACAGAUUGUUCAUUUCAGUCGCUGAAAUGGCCUCAAGAUGUUGCUUUUGUGACACAUAUUCAGGCUGAGUGCAGUCACUCUCAAACUGGGAGGGAAAUCUUGACAUGAAUGAGCCAGUGAGAGAUGAAAUGCAAAAACAUGGGCGGACACUAUGAUGUGGAAGGAACAGCCUGUUGUAAUGUACAACCAGAGCAAUGCAUGGUACCAGAACAGCACAACAUGUAUUUAUAUGUCUUAUUUCAAAAUGAAUGUGGU